CAAGACAGAAUUCGGAAUCCAGUGUUUGUUCCAGCUCCUCCUGCUGUUCAGAUUCUGUGAAUGUUACAGACCAGGACAAAGCAUUUCAUGGGUUGCCUGAGUUAAUUGAUAAAUGUUGGUGGAUAAAAAGCUUUUUCCAUAGUGAACCAACUCCACCACCAACUGUUGGCAGAAAAACACUAUCAGCUAGCAG